UGGAUGCAGCAGGGGUAGAAGGGGCUUAUGCUGCACCGCCCUCUGCCGUUGGGUGUCGCCGUUGCGCAGCGGGACCUCUUGACGCUUUGACGUCCAGCGCUCUUUGGUUUCUGGUCUAAGUUUGUUUCCGGAUGUUCGGCUGGUGUCGUGGAGAAAAAUAAUAAUGGCUGCGAUGUUUACGUGUUGUCUAGGCUGCUGCGGAGAUGGCGGAUCGGGGCAUAUUCCCCUCAAAGAAAUGCCCACAGUUCAGUUAGAUACUCAUCACAUGGGCACAGAUGUUGUCAUUGUAAAGAGCGGCCGAAGGAUAUGUGGAACCGGAGGCUGCUUGGCCAACGCUCCUUUGCACCAGAACAAAAGUUAUUUUGAGUUUAAGAUCCAGUCCACUGGUGUGUGGGGGAUAGGUGUGGCAACCCAGAAAGUGAAUCUCAACCAAGUGCCUAUGGGCAGAGACACAAACAGCCUAGUCCUGAGGCACGAUGGCUCCAUUUACCACAAUAAUGAAGAGAAGAAUCGUCUACCCGCUAACAGCAUUCCUCAGGAGGGGGAUAUUGUGGGCAUCACAUAUGACCACGUGGAGCUGAAUUUAUAUCUGAACGGAAAGAACAUGCAUUGUCCUGCCUCAGGGAUCCGAGGCACUGUAUACCCUGUUGUUUAUGUGGAUGACAGUGCCAUCUUAGACUGCCAGUUUAGUGACUUCUAUCACACUCCUCCACAAGGAUUUGAGAAGAUCCUCUUUGAACAACAAAUCUUCUAAAGGAGCACUUCGGCCUCAGCCCCUCUAUAUGUUGUCGCCCUCCUCUAUAUCUCUUAGCAACCUCUGUAUCACUACAGUUUGACCUUAACUGGUAGUAUCAUUAUGCGUGGCUUGGAGGCAUCUUGUUUCGUUCCCCCUGUUUACUCUCUCUCUACUGCUGCUCUGGAUUGACUUUAGAGUACCCAUGAAGAAGUGGGGAUUUCUCUUCCUUGUUCGACUACAAUCGGCUGUCACAGUCCGUGAUGAUGGAAAGCUGUAAAAUCACAAACUUAUGUCAAUAAUAAUCAAUCCGUAUUAAUUGAAAACCUUUCAGUUGCUGCUUUAAUCCACAAUACAUGUGUGUAGAUAACAGACAAUGGAUGUAAUGGUAUGUUCACUGUUUUUCAGGAUGAGAAGCCAUGUGUUAUUGACAUUGCUUUAUAUAUAUAUAUAUAUAUAUAUAUAUCAUCCAAAAUAUCAUACUAACAUCUCAGCAUACACCCUGUAUUUAUUUGUAUUUAUUUGAUUUCCAGAUCAAAGUUUGGCAUCUUAUUUUUUUGAUAUAAUAUGUAUUUUGUUUUGGCCAGCAGAAAUUAGUGACCCAAUGAAGGGUCAGCUAUAAUUCUAAUACAUUGACUAUUAUGCUGCCUUUUUGAAUUAUCACGCAAUGAAAACAUGGCGAUACCGCAACACCUUUAUGAUUAAUGUCACUGCAUUAUUUAGAGUUGAUAGGAAGAUUAAUACAAACAAUAAAUCAGUGCACAUUCCAGGAGGUGAUGGUGCUGGCAACUGACAUAUUUCUGAAAUUGUAAACACUAAUAUAUAUAAAUCACUUCUUUGAGCAGCCCUUUUUUCACCCUAAAAAAUAUAGAGUGUGUUUAUUUUAACUAUCAGAAUAUUUCCAGAGCUGGUGCUGGUCGUCUCUGAUUAGAGAUAUAUCAGAAACGUGGAGUUGUCGUUAUGUACAGGCAUUGCAUAUCCGCUGCUGAAGUGUGACGAUUAAAUAUUUCAAAUGCUUGUCCUUGUUUGCACUAAUGAUGUUAUUGUAUGAAACCAAAUACUGUUGAUUCAUUAAAGUUUUGUGUCUGGCGGCAUCA